AGGUCAGGAGAUUGAGACCGUCCUUGCUAACACGGUGAAACCCUGUCUCUACUAAAAAUACAAAAAAUUAGCCAGGCUUGGUGGCGGGUGCCUGUAGUCCCAGCUACUCGGGAGGCUGAGGCAGGAGAAUGGCAUGAACCCAGGAGGCAGAGAUUGCAGUGAGCCGAGAUCACGCCACUGCACUCCAGCCUGGGCGACAGAGCAAGACUCCGUCUCAAAAAAAAAAAAAAAAAGUGGAGAUGUUAGGGAAAUUGAGUACAAAAUUGUGAACACAUUCCAGUGUCAUUUAGAAUAUUCUGUGAGUCCCUGAGUUUAUGUUCCUACAAUUGUUAAGUUGAAAUGGAAGUGUCUAAAACCAUAGACUUAAGGAUUUUAUCUUAACCUGAGAGCUUACCUGAUACUUAAUUUGUGAGAAUCAGGAGUAUUUUCUUCACUUCCAAGUUCCCCUAACCAAUAGUGUUUUUAUAAAGGGGUGGACCAAGAAUGCCAAAAUGGGCUUUACAGCUUAGACUAAAAUUCCAGCUCUGAGACUGAAAUCUUACAUGUGAUAAAAAUUGCCAGAAGCAUGUGAAUUUAUAACCUGCCAAUACAGCCCUGUAUGAUGGAGAAACAACCCCACUAGCUACAUUGUAACAAUGCCACGGAUAGACUUGGGGUUCAGGUAGAAGGGCUGGGGGAAGUCGUCACUGGAUAUUGGAAAUCAAUCUGAACAGAGGCAGGGACUAGAGAGUCAAAUCACAAGUCCUGCUUUUGGGAUAAUGGAGUAAAUUGAUGACCGGGAAUUAGGAGAGAGGAGGGCUGGGGAUGGAACCCUGAGGAACUCGGCAUCUGGAGUGGAGGAAGAGGCGGAGAGGUGGCAGGAGGAUCAGGAGAGGGCAGCCCAGGCAGGGACGUGGGAGUGUCAAGGAUGGCGGGGGGCGGCGCUACUGCUGGGAAGGGCCAGGGCAAGGGCAGAGUGGUGGCGGCUUCCAGAGGAAAUGUAAGGACCAGUGAGAAAGCAGAGGUGGGGCACAGGCUCAACCAGGGCACUUGGCAGUGGGGAAGGGGAGUGCCAGGGAAGAGACCGUGAGAUCCAGGCCCAGAAUGGGGUGCACUCAGGAGCCACGAAGCAGCGCACCGCAGAAACCGGAAGCAUGCUUCGUUCGGUCCCCUGGAACUAGAGGAAGGAGAAGAUGAAGGUUGUAAUGAGGACUGAAGGCAAGGAAGCUCCUGUCCUGGAGUCUGUAGCUCCCUAAUAGAGGAGGGCCUGGGGGCUAGCAGAGAGCAGAUGGACGUCUUCAAAUGAGGAAACACGAAGGAUCUACAUUGGCUAGAAACAAUGGCUUUGGCCUCUUUUUUAUUUUAUUUUACUUUAUUUUAUUUUUGUUUUGAGACAUAAUUUCAGUCUUGCCCAGGUUGGAGUGCAGUGGUGCCAUCUUAGCUCACUACAACCUCUGCCUCCCAGGUUCAAGCAAUUCUCCUUUCUUAGCCUCCCAAGUAGCUGGGAUUACAAGCGCACACCACUACACCCAGCUAAUUUUUGUAUUUUUAGUAGAAACGAGGUUUCGCCAUGUUGGCCAGGCUGGUCUUGAACUCCUGACCUCAGGUGAUCUGCCCCUUGGCCUCCCAAAGUGCUGGGAUUACAGGUGUGAGCCACCGUGCCCGGCCCUCUUUUGUUUAUUAACUGCAGUGUUGUGGUCUGCCGAACCCCCUGCCUAAUGGGAAUUUCAAAUAUCCUAGAAAUUUACACAGUGCCAAGAAACUAGCUGGAGUGUGUAGGCCCUUUAUAGCCAGUCCACAAUUCUCAGGGAAGAUGAUCAGUUCUGUGACCUUUCUGGAAUGUUCUGUGUGAGCUGCCCUGGGAGUCUGAGUAGACUUGGAGUGGGAGGGAAGAAAGUAACCUAGGUCUGUGGAGGAGUAGAUCUGCAACAGGAAUCUUCCCAGACACACCAGCAAAUGGAGUUACGACCCACCAUGGUCCUCACCCGUACACAAAAAUCAUUUAGGGAAAGGGGCUGUCCCCAAAUGGCCAGACCCACAGAUUCCGGGGCCUCCAACUUCACCACAGCGAAACAGAAGAAGCAGCAAUAGUCCUGCGUGACCUCCAGGCAGAAGGACUGGAGAAACCCUCCAGAAUCGCACUGAGCCCAGGCAUGGGGGGCUCUCCCCAAUCUGACGGCACCCUUGCCCAGCCCCUUCUCCCCAAGGGGCCGUCUGUUCUGAAACAUAGGGAGCUCACAGGUUUGUAGAAUGUUGGAACUAGAGAGCGUUUAUCUGGUGUAGCCCACCUCUUCAGGUGAGGAGACAGGUCAGAGAAAGUGCCAGGGUAACUUGGCCGGGAUCCCGAGGGCCAUGAGGGACUUGAGGCCAAAGUCAGCUCCCUGGGCCAGGCCUGUCCUCAGCCCUCCCCUGGCUGCUUCGGGCCUCCCCUCAACCUGGGCAGUGGGAGGAGAGCAAGAAAGUCCCCAGGCUUGGCCCUCAGAUUCCUCUUUGGACUGUCCUGCUCGCUCAUCCCACCCACACCACGCCCAGCAGCACCCACAGCUCCUCUCAGGCCAGCCCUCCGUGCUGUCUGCGCAAGAGGGGAACCCAGAGGGAUGUGGCAGCGAAAUGCAGGCCCGAUUCUCCCCUGGGGCCAGAGUUUUCUUCCAAACCCACUACAUCUGCCUGAAGCCAUGUCCACCUGGCUGUCACCACAGACAGAAUGGGAGACUCGGGCCUUGGAAUCAAAGGUCCUCUCCUGCCACUGAGGGAGGAUGGUGGCCCCGUGACACGCUAAAGUGGGCUGGUGGUGACACAGUGUCUCCUGAGAUUCAACUCACCUUGAAGACAAUUCGCCUUUGCAAAGGUGGCCAGGUGGAGCCUGAGCAGAAAGCUGGAUUUGCUGUUGGGUUCUCUCCCCAGAUGAUGUACAGCCGUGGAGCCUUUGCACACCACUUUGCAUCCACCAAAAACAGACCCAGGCUCAGUGAAGCAUGGAGACUGCGGAUGUCAGGGAACGCCUGGGAGAGCUUCCCUCACUUCCGUCCAGUGUGUUCACCGGCCCGCUGUAAAGGGAGGAGUUGCCAGAGGCUCUGGGAACACCAAAGGCUGUGUUUCCAGCCCCUGCUGCGGCCUGGGAGAGGGCACAGCUUUUCCUCGGUGUUUACGCACGGAUUCUCACACUUUCCAGAUGAUUCCUGUUUUCUCCCAAACCUUAUCCGUCCUCUUCAAGGCUUCUACCUCGAGGGGAAAAGUAAGGACACUGUGGCUGACAGUGCUGGGAUUACAAGUGUGGGGAUUACAAGUGUGAGCCACCAUGCCUGGCCUAUCUUACCCAUUUUUAAGUGUAUAUAGUUCAUUGGCAUUAUGUACAUUCACAUGGUUGUGCAACCCUCACCACUAUCCAUCUCCAAAACCCUUUUUAUCUUGCAAAACUGAAACUCUGUACCCAUUGAACAAUUACUCCACAUCCCUCUCUUCUUCAAGCCUCUGGCAACCACCAUUCUUCUUUCUGUGUCUAUGAAUUUGACUACUUUAGGUGCCUUAAUAAGUACCUACCAUAUAGUAUUUGCGUGUGUGUGUGUGUGUGUGUGUGUAAUUGCCUUAUUUCACUUAGGAUAAUUUCCUCAAGAUUCAUCCAUGUUGUAGGUCAUAUUAGGAGUUUCUUCCUUUUUAAGGCUUUUUGUGUAUCACAUUUUAUUUAUUAAUUCACCCAUCAAAAGACUUGGGUUGCUUCCACUUUUUGGCUAUUAUGAAUAAUGCUGCUAUAAACAUGGGUGUUCAAAUAUC